GUACCUAUCCCAUCUCACAUUUUGAUAUCAUAAAGCCUUAAAACUUUCCGAGCUUUCGAAACCAGAUUUGCUAAAAUUUCUCAGAAUUCUCUGUAAAUUUUGAGCGUCAAGCAGUUCAAUGGCGACCAAGACUGAAGGCAAGGCCAUAGGCAUCGACCUUGGCACAACCUAUAGCUGCGUCGGUGUGUGGCAAAACGACCGCGUUGAGAUCAUCGCCAACGACCAGGGCAACCGCACCACUCCCUCUUACGUGGCCUUCACAGACACCGAGCGGCUCAUCGGCGAUGCAGCCAAAAACCAAGUGGCCAUGAAUCCACAGAACACCGUCUUCGACGCCAAGCGUCUCAUUGGUCGGCGAUUCUCCGACCCAUCAGUCCAAAGCGACAUGAAGCUCUGGCCUUUCAAGGUCAUCCCUGGUCCCGGCGACAAACCUAUGAUCGUCGUCAGGUACAAAGGCGAAGAAAAGACCUUCUCUGCGGAGGAGAUAUCUUCCAUGGUGCUGACGAAGAUGAGGGAGAUAGCUGAGGCUUAUUUGGGUCAGACCAUAAAGAACGCUGUGGUGACUGUCCCUGCUUAUUUCAACGACUCCCAGAGACAGGCUACCAAGGACGCCGGCGCUAUUUCUGGGCUCAACGUCAUGCGAAUUAUCAACGAGCCCACCGCCGCCGCUAUAGCCUAUGGGCUGGACAAGAAGGCCUCGAGAAAAGGUGAGCAGAACGUCCUUAUUUUCGAUCUCGGCGGAGGCACUUUUGAUGUCUCGCUUUUGACUAUUGAAGAGGGGAUAUUUGAGGUGAAGGCCACCGCCGGCGAUACUCAUCUGGGUGGUGAAGAUUUUGAUAAUAGAAUGGUGAAUCACUUUGUGGCCGAGUUCAGGAGGAAGCAUAAGAAGGAUAUCAGUGGAAAUGCCAGAGCUUUGAGGAGGUUGAGGACGGCGUGUGAGAGGGCUAAGAGGACCCUGUCUUCGACCUCUCAGACCACAAUUGAGAUUGAUUCUUUGUACGAAGGGAUCGAUUUCUAUGCAACGAUUACAAGGGCCAGGUUCGAGGAGUUGAAUAUGGAUUUGUUCAGGAAGUGUAUGGAGCCGGUUGAAAAGUGUCUGAGGGAUGCUAAGAUUGACAAGAGUCAGGUUCACGACGUGGUUCUGGUUGGUGGGUCGACUAGAAUUCCCAAGGUUCAGCAACUUUUGCAGGAUUUUUUCAAUGGGAAAGAGCUGUGCAAGAGCAUAAACCCUGACGAAGCGGUUGCCUAUGGUGCUGCGGUUCAAGCUGCGAUCUUGAGCGGCGAAGGAGAUGAGAAAGUGCAGGACCUGUUGUUGCUCGAUGUCACGCCUCUCAGUCUUGGGCUUGAGACUGCUGGUGGUGUUAUGACUACUCUCAUCCCGAGGAACACAACAAUUCCAACCAAGAAGGAGCAGAUUUUCUCUACUUACUCCGAUAAUCAGCCCGGGGUUUUGAUCCAAGUCUACGAAGGAGAGCGCACCCGAACCAAGGACAACAAUUUAUUGGGGAAGUUUGAGCUCACUGGGAUUCCUCCUGCUCCUAGAGGCGUGCCCCAAAUCAAUGUGUGCUUUGACAUUGAUGCGAAUGGCAUUUUGAAUGUGUCUGCUGAGGACAAGACUGCUGGAGUGAAGAACAAGAUCACCAUCACCAACGAUAAGGGAAGGCUGAGCAAGGAAGAAAUAGAGAAGAUGGUGCAAGAUGCAGAGAAGUACAAGGCAGAGGACGAGGAGGUGAAGAAGAAAGUGGACGCCAAGAAUGCGUUGGAAAACUACGCAUAUAACAUGAGGAACACGGUGAAGGACGACAAGUUUGCAGGGAAACUGGACCCUGCGGACAAGGAGAAGAUCGAGAAGGCAGUGGAGGAUGCCAUUAAUUGGCUGGAGGGGAACCAGUUGGCUGAGGUUGAUGAGCUGGAGGAUAAGUUGAAGGAGUUGGAGGGGUUAUGCAAUCCAAUUAUUGCGAAGAUGUACCAGGGCGGUGGUGGUGCUGGAGGCAUGCCGCCUAUGGGGGAUGAUGACAUGUCUGGUGGUGCUUCUACUGGCUCUGCGACUGGACCUGGCCCUAAGAUUGAAGAAGUUGAUUAAGUUGCUUCAAGUGGAGCUCUGUUUUCGUUUUUGUUGUUCUGUUUUUGGUUAAGCUUGUAAACAUGUGUUUUUUGAGUUUUUUUAUUUUAAAAAAGGUAGUGUAUGUUUAUAUGUAAUAGUAGAGAGUCAGCAACCAAUCUAAUAUAAGAAGUUGGUUUUACUUUUUUGGUUCA